AUGUCAGCAGGAUUUCUCGUUGUCGUUCUGCAUGCCAUGCGAACCUAUGAGAGAAAUUUGGAUUGGAGGGACGAGGAAUGCCUCUAUAAAAGCGCACUGGAAAUCAAUCCGCCAAAAGGUCUGCAAAUUGAUCCGCCCGAUGUAACGUUACUUCUUACAGCUUAUUCAAACCUUGGAAGGGUGUACGCAUCGCAGAUGAAACUGUAUGAGGCUGAAGCUGCUUAUAAGAAUGCUCUUGCACAUCGUCCAAACAUGGCCGACACGUGGUAUAAUCUAGGUGUUCUCUACCAGGACAAGAAAAACUUCACCGAAGCAAUCACAUGUUAUCAAAGGUCGAUAAAAUUUCGAGGAUCGUUUGCUGUUGCUCAUCUAAAUCUGGGAAUCGUCUACGAGACACUGGGCGACGAUCAACGUGCAAUAGCAACCUGGCAGUCAUGUGCAGCGAUAGAUGGCUCUUCAAUCAAAGCCCAACGAGAGCAUCAAAAUGCUCAGACCAGCUGUCGAUUUCGUCUCGGAAGGCUGCUACUGAAGAAGAGAAAUCUCCACGAAGCUGAAAGCAUGCUGGAAGAGGCAAUUCGAAAAGCGCCACCUCACUACCCUUUCAUCCAUUCCUUGCUCUAUUCCUUCGGAGAAGUGGCGGAGCUGCUUGGGCACAACAGCAGAGCAGAGCAUUUCUUCCAAGCCGCCUUCCAUGCCGCUCCUACACAUGUGCCGACCUUAUUAACGAUGGCGCAUCUUCGUAACAAACAGAAUCGUACUACUGAAUCGAAUGACUGGUUUUCAAGAGCACUGGCCGUCGCCCCGAAUUCAGCUGAUGUUCAUCACCACAUUGGAGUAGCUGCUGCUCUGCGGGGUGAUGUGGUAGGAGCAGAAACUGCCUAUAAGAACGCUCUGAAGCUUGUUAGUACUCACGCGGAUUCUCUGAAAGCGUUGGCUACGCUUUUGCGAGAGCAACAGCAAUACGAUAAGAGUGAAGAGGUGCUACGAACGCUGAAGAACUACCAUCCAACUGCUGAAACUUUGGGCGAUUACGGUGCCAUAUUGCAUCUGAACGGGAAAUUUGAUGAGGCGAAACGAUUUUACGAGCAGUCGUUGAUGCUCGAUCCGUCGAAUAGUGUGGCGAGAGAGAAUCUACGUCGAUUGGAGCGGAAAACCUCUUCGCCUACAAACCAUACAUGA